CGAGGGGUGCGCAGAGGGAGGCGGGGCGGAAAGGCAAGAGGUGUCUCCUCCGGCGGAGCCGCGGGAGACCCGAGCAAGCUAAGUGACAGCUCGGCGGCCGCCAUGUCCGCGAAAGGGGCUGGAAGCCGACCCGGCGGCCAGCGGUAACCCUCGGGCCGCCUCCGAUUCCCAGUUGCAGGGAAACAACCAAGGGAAGAGGAAAAUCAGAGAUCACUGAGAAUCGACAGAGGUUAGAAAAUGAAGUAGUUUGUUCUCCUUCAGUCAUUGUAGACAUGGAAGGACUUUAAUGAAACUUUAUACGGUUCAACAAAGGAUGCUCUAAUGGAUGACGGUGAUACCCCUACAUAUAAUCUGCAGAUAGAACCAAAAGAUGGGUGUUCGCCUGGUGACAGCGUGGAAAGGACAGUAACAUGCUUGGCUCCUGUGUCAGAUGAAAAUGAAAAUCAGCUUGAUGGGGGUGGGCAGGAGCACCUGACCUGCAGUGACAGCGCAAUGGGAAAACCUGAAGUGUCUCAGCAGGACAGUCUCAACAAUAAUGAAAGUGUUACACCCAGCUGUGAGGCAGCUGCAGGUGAGAACUUGGAAAACACUCCUUGUGAAGGCCCCAAAGAUGGACAGACCUUCUUUGGAAAGGACAAAAAAACAGCUGGGAAAAGAAUUUCAAGAAGUAAAAGAGGCACUGUCAAGAAGAUACCACCAGGACUUUCAUCAGAAGAUGCUGCACCUUUAAUGCAAGAAAUGAUACAAAGUGCAUCCACUCAUGCUGCUGAUGAUGAAGAGGCUGCUGAAGUAAAUGCUAACGAUCAACCAGAAUCUCCAACACUAGUUCUGCAAUCUUUGUUCUCACUUAUACGAGGUGAAGUUGAACAGUUGGAUUCAAGAGCACUUCCCCUUUGCCUUCAUCAGAUAGCAGAAUCCUAUUUUCAGGAGGAGGACUAUGAGAAAGCAAUGAAAUUCAUUCAGCUUGAACGAUUAUAUCAUGAGCAAUUGCUUGCAAAUCUUUCUGCCAUUCAAGAACAGUGGGAAACAAAGUGGAAAACUGUACAGCCACAUACAGUUACAUCCCUAAGGAAUUCAGAAAAGGGAUUUAAUGGUGAAGAUUUUGAACGGCUUACUAAAUUUUGCACAACACAUCAAGAUCCUCUUUUAUCCAAGCAUAAGAUAGCAGCUGUAGAAAAAUCCCUGGGAAAAAAAUGCUUUCCACAGUUCAUAGCACCCGAAGAGCCAAAGGAAAGAGGAGCUACAGCCAAAGAGUCGGAGAGUGAACCGAGUACCAACCAAGAAAGCCAACAGCAAGAGGAUCCCCAGGAGAGCAGUCCCUGCUGUGAUCCCAUGGACAAGCAGGCAGUCACUGCAGCAAAGGACCACACGGAGGAGCCGCUCCUCAGCACGGAGGCCACGCUGGAGCUCCACGCCCAGUCCUCGGAGACAGCCAGAAGCAGGUCUGGGCCAGGCUCUGCCGAGAAUGCUUGUGCGGAUAAUAGCUGCUUGCAGCUGGCUCAGCCAGAGGACUGCCCAGAUGUGGCCACAACAGGGGGCGUUGCUGAAGACCCUGAGGCUGUACCUCCCAGCCAGGAAGCCACAGAGCCACUGAUUUUACCAGGUCCUGCGCUGAUUUCGGAGGACAGAUAUUCACAGACUCGGAGAAAAGAACUCCAUUUACCACUUCAGGAUGCUUCUGAGGCGUUGCCCACAGGCCAACUUGAGAACAAUGAAUUAAAUGAGCGGCAGCAACCUGAUCCCUCAGACAGUGAUGGGAAAUCGCUGCAUGGUCAGACUGACUCAGAGGGCUCCGGGAAUGCACUUUGUGAAAAGAAUGAAAUAUCUGACUUAAGUGCACGGCUGCCUGAGGUGUUUAUGGCCCCAGAGGAAAAGGGAGAUGAGGAAGACCAAGUCAAUAAAGAAACCGAAGACUAUUUGAACAGCCUUCUGGAAGGGUGCUUAAAAGACUCUGAAGAAGAUUCCCUUUCAUAUGAAGACAACCCAGACCUUUCUCCUGAGGAAGGGUCCUACAGCCUCCAGGAGAAUCUGCCUUCCGAUGACAGCUGUCUUUCUCUGGAUGAUCUUGCCAAAAGGAUACAAAUUGCAGAGGUUGUCCCCGCUGAAGGCCUGGUCUCUAUAUUAAAGAAGAGGAAUGAUUCUGUAGGGGAUCCUUCUGCCCAGAUGCAGAAGUCAUCCAAGCGAAGAGUGAGAUUUCAAGAAAUAGAUGAUAACUUGGAUCAAGAUGAAGUUGGAAGUGGAUCCUGUAUUUUACUGAUCUUGCUGUGCAUAGCAACGGUUUUCCUUAGUGUUGGAGGCACUGCAUUAUACUGCACUUUCGGUGACAUGGAGUCACCUGUUUGUACAGACUUUGCAGACAACGUGGACUUCUAUUACACUAAGUUACUGCAGGGAAUGGCAGAACUUAAACACUGGAUCUACCUCUCCUAGCAGCAUUCAAGAGGGACAAGCAUGCUGGCAGUGAGAAUGAAAGAUGUGAAACUUUCUAAAUCUCUUUUAUUUCAGGAGUUCUGUAACCUUCCCCCUGUACCCGCAGUGAGGAGCCAAGGAUGUCAGAAAGAGUGACUCUAAAUGGCCAUCCAGAUGAACCAUGUUACAAUCUUUCAUAUAAUGAGGCAAAAAUUAAUCUAAGCAGAGUGGAUGGAAGGAAAUAUCUCUGCGGAGCUUCCCCAGCUCCUCUUCCCUGCCUCCCAGUGUGGGAGGUACACUGAACAGAGUUGUACAGGACAGUCUUGGAACCACACUGUUUUUUAGCUAUCUUGUCAGGCUAAUGGUUAAAGGAUAAUUUGGGUUUACAUUUGUUGGUCCAUAGACAUUGCUUCCAGUCAUCAUGCAAUAAGUUUGUGUACUCGAAUUACGUUAAGAAUUUCAAGGUCAUUUUUUAGUUAACCUUGGGAGCUAUGUAGUUUAGGAUUUUUUUCCAUUAUUUUCAGAUCCUGUUUUCCACUUGUGAAAUUGUUUGGUGUGUGUGUGUAUGUUUCAGGCAGUUAUCAUGAGCAAAUAUCAGACAUAGAGUAACAGAUUAUCUUUAUUCUUUUAUCUUGACUAUAAUGUGCAGGCACAAAUCUAUGAAGAAGGCUUAACCAUGGACUAGAUGAACUGUAGAAAUCUUGGCCCUGAAGUGAGGAACUGUGACAGAUAUGUGUUAAUUUAAUGUGAUUAAGUAGACAGAAAUUAAUCACAGGCAUGGAGGCAAAAUUGAAGAACCUCCCCCCGCCCCCCCCAGCCUCGGAGUCUCAGGCAGCCGCCUCGUCAUGGACUCAGUGCUGAAAUGAUGAGUGCUGGACUCCGCUCACUGCAGCAGAUGCUCAUCGGGCACCUGUUACACUCAGAGUCUAAGACCCAGACACAAAUAUAAAUAAGAUGGAGUUCCUGCUACUGAUGCUUUAAUUCUGGUCUUAUGUAAGGAAAACCAGUACUUCGGCAAGUGAAAUUAAGUCACCAUAUAUAAAUCAGUAUUAAGAUAUCAUACAUUCAAGUGCUUGAAUGUACAAUCAUAUCACGGGCUUGAUUUACUCUGUUGUGGGGUCAUUAAGUGAAAAUUCAGUGAUACCUUAGUAGGCAAAUUGUCAUUUGUGUUUAAAUCUGUCAAUUAGGCGGCCUUUCCUUAUUGCAGAUACAGUGGUCCCACGUUUAGGAAGCCUUCCUUGCUUUGACUUUUUAUAUCUUACGCAGCAUUUUAAAAAAAAACAUGAAUUAUAGUUUUUUAGCCAGGUGAUUAUGAUUUCCUGUUUUUCUUUUAGGAUCAUUUGGAAGAAAAAGGGGGGAAUUACUUCCUAGUUAUUACUGGCUGGUUCAGUACCUCCCUGUGUGUUUUUGCUUAUUUAUUUAGGUUGUAUGAAUUUUAAAGGGCUUUUUAUGUAAGUUGAAAGUAUGUUGCAGAGCAUGGGUUUGCUUAUCCCAAUGUUAGAUAUUUAAUUACUGUGUUCUUAGUGUUUUGAUUUUCUCUCAUUCAGAUUGGUGUGUUUUUAGGCUUGUUUAUUUUAAAAUGGAUGUUUCAUUUUCACUUUAUAUUACUGUUUGAUUUGUCUAUCAUGUCACUAUAAACUGUAAUAUUUUCAAGGGUUAUAGAUCAAAGCUAUUUAUUUAGAAGUGUACAAGAUACUGAAAUUUAGAUUCCUUAUGCCUAAGGCUGAUUUUAUUAGAAGAUUAUUUUAAUGUUCUAUUAUGAAUUUUAAGAAUUUAUAUUCAAAUUGUAUGUAAACUAUGUAAAAUGAUCAACGGUACUAUCUUAAGUGGCUCUGUAAAACAGCCAUCCACGGGGUCUAGUGUAGUCAUAGCCAGCCUCUUCUGUUUGACCCUCAUACUUCCUAGUUACAGAAAUUUGGUGAUGCUUAUCUGCCAAUUUUGUGUCAAGAUAAGUUAAUUUUGUCCCUCCUGUUCACCUCUGUCAGGUCCCUCUCAGAGUCCUAGAUAUAGUUGUUGUAUUUGCCAAUGGGUCACCAGGGCCACUUCUGAAACCCAAGAUUUCCUGGGAUCCUUCACACCAAAGUGAAAGAAGGAAGAUGAUGCUUUGGUCAUCAGGCUCAGAGAAGCUGUGGUACGUCCUCCCCACUGCCCAGGGGCGGUGAGCUGAGCACAGGAGCACAUUAAUAUCUUGACCCAAGAUAGGCAUGAAGUCUCAACUAGAAAAAUUAAGUCAGCUUUUAAAGAUGUAAUAGUCAUUUAUCGCAUGAGUUGGAGUAAUUCCACCUGAUGGUGAAAGGAUUGUUAGCUACACACAUGAAAAAGUUCACCCAACUUUACUAAAAUGUAAUUUCUACUGUUAUUGGAAUAUACCCACAACUCUCUGUAACCAAUCUUCCUUAAGAACUGUAUUUGAGGGUAUCAAAUCAAGCUUGUGAUUUAAAAUUUACACCAACAAAUAUGUCUCAGAGAGUUUAUUUGAAACCCCAUGGGUGCUGAGAAAAACUACUUAAAAGUAGCAUAAUGUCAGAAGCUGCUCUGGCCCUAGGAAGAGAGAGACAUCUACUUUGGGAAGUCUAAGAGGUCCCUACAUAAAGGCUCCUCUACUGAAAUAUCUCCCUCAUCAGCCUGACAUAGGAGCUGAAAAUCACUCUGAAAGUUUGUUCUUUUAGACUGAAAAAUCAAAAUCCUCAGGGAGAUUUACUUCGUUGGGCUGUGUAUUAGAAGUGGGAAGGAUGAGAUUUGAAGGUGAGCCUUAUUUUGAAAGGACAACUGUGAAGUGUAUCUUGCUGGCGUGGUGAGAGGUUGUGGCACGAGAGUGGCAGGGAUGGAGAAAAAGAGGGAAGGUAGGAAAAAUGCGAAGAUUCGUUAUCUGCUAAGUUGUUUUGCUGAAGCUGGCCUUGUGGCACAUUCCCCCAAUCCAGAGACCGUAUUUUUAUCUUUUUGUUGGUUUCUUUAGGUUCAGUGAAUAUUAAUUCAGUCUUACGCACUACCUUAUGACGUACCUGUGGCAUUCCACGUUAACGCGUUUGCUGCUUAGAUCAGUAAACACAUAUCCCUCAAGGACAGGUCUUACAACUCCCACUUUGGUUGCAUUUUAUCAUGUUCCCUCUGUCAUCAAGAAUAAGAGUGAUUCUAGGAUUUACGGCACAAAUUCUACUGCAAUCUGCGAUUUUAGAAACCUCAUAGGGAAAUAUUCGUUGAGUUUCAAGUACCAGCCCUCUGAAAACUACAGUGAAUUAAACAUUUCCUAGUACUAUUUAAAUCCCCCUGGGCUUAAGGCACUGAGAGAAGAGAUGCAGUAACUAUGAACAUCUCUCCUCCUUGGUAGAAGACAUUACGGUUAAACUUGACUUACAUUACCCUGAGAUGAGUGCCAAACUGUGAGCAGCAGAGUUUAUUGCUGUCUAUACCUGGAGAGAUAUUUGAAUGCCUGCAGGGUGCUUAGCACUGAAGUGAGUGCUGGGGCACCAGAAACAGGAAGUGAUACCAGCCUAAAGAAUUGGCACUUGCUGAGGGAAAUAUAUUUGUGAAGAGAAAAUUUGAAAGAAGAAACCAGGAAGCAUGCUACUCAUGGGGAUAGAAAAUUGAAUUCAUUCUUUCCUAACAUGUCAAGCCCUAGCAAGUUGAUUGGAAUCUUGAUAGCUAUCUUUCUUCAUAGCCUGAGGUUUGUAAUUAUUAGCUGGGAAUUACCACUUUUCACUUUUAGUUAACACUUGUGCUAUUAGUAGUCCCCAGGUUUCCCAGUGGUGGAAAGUGUCUCUCUAAGAGCUGUCUUCAAACUUGAAAGUCUGAAUUAAGGGGCAGGCAUGUGGCACAGUAGUUAAGAUACCAUUUGGGAUGCCUGCACCACAUGUUGAAGCACCUGGGUUCAAGUCCAGGCUCCUCUGGCUUCCAUUCUAGUUUCCUGCUAAUGUGUACCCUGGAGUUAGCAGAUGAUGGCUCUAGUACUUAGGUUCCAGUCACCCACAUCAAAGAUCCAGAUUGAGUUCUGGGCUCCUGACUUUGUCCUGAGCCAGCCCCAGCCAUUGGGACCAUUUGGGGAGUAAACCAAUGGAUUGGAAUUCUCUCUCCAUCUCUCUGCCUUUCAAAUGAAGUGAAAAUAAAUUUUUUAAAAAAUUGUGAAGUCUAAAUUGAAAACCUUCUCAUCUCACAAAGAAAAUUCCUGAAUUUACUAGUAUAUUCUAUCAAUCAUUUAGUUAAGAAAAUAUGCCAUUUCAUUUUAUCAGAUUAGUGCAGGUUGAAUGUCCCUUAUUCAGAAUGCCUGGUCACUAGGAGCUUAUCAGAUUUUGAAGGGACUGUUUUGGAUUUUGGAAUAUUUGCAUAGAUGUUACUGGUUGAGCAUUCCUAAUCUGAUGCUCAAAAAUUUUAGAUUUUGGAGCAUUUUGUAUUCCAUGUUUUCAAAUUACAGAUCCUCAGCCUAUUUUAUUUUACUUUAUUUUUUAAAGAUUUAUUUUGUUUAUUAGAAAGAGGUAAAGACGGGGGGCAGGGGGAAUCUUCCAUCUGCUGGUUCACUCCACAAAUGGCCAAAAUGGCCAGAGCUGAGCUGAUCCAAAUCUAGGAGACAGGAACUUCUUGCAGGUCUGCCACAUGGGUGCAGGGGCCCAAGGACUGGGGCCAUUCUCCACUGCUUUCCCAGGAGCAUUAACAAGGAGCUGGAUCAGAAGUGGAGCAGCCAGGACUUGAACUGGCACCCAUAUGGGAUGCUGGUGCUGCAGGCUGGGCUUUAACCUGCUGCACCUGACAGUGCCAGCCCCAGCCUAUUUUAUUUUGAUGCCAAAACCAAGGACAACAAAAAGAAAGUAAGGCCAAUAUCACUCAUAAACUUAGACACAAAAAUCCUUAACAAAAUAGUAGAUCAAACCUGAAAGUUUAUAAAAAGGAUAGAGUAUACUAGCAUGAUUAGAUGAGAUUUAUCCCAAUAAUACAAUGUUGGUUUCAUAUUCAAAAAUCACUCAGUGUGAUACACAAGUUUAGCAAGCUGAAAAAAAAUUCCUCAGAAUCAUGGCAAAUGCAUAAAAUUCACACACAUUCAAGGUAAGUACUCAGCAAACUGGAGCUAGAAGUGAUCUUCCCCAACUUUUGAUAAAGGCCAUGUAUGAAAAAGCAGCAGCUGAUAUUAAACAUUCAAUGGAGAAAGACUAAAUGCUUUUCUUCCUAAGAUCAGGAACAAGGCAAGGGCGACUUCUACUUAACAUUGUACUGGAGGUGCUGUAGAAGAGAAAGAAAGGCAUCCCAAUUAGACACGAUUAUACAGAGAGGCCUAAGGGAUCUACAAAACAGAACUAGAAUAAAUAAGUUUAGAAAGGGCACAGGAUCAGAGCCGGCACUGUGGCAUAGCAGGUAAAGCUGCCACCUGUGGCACUGGCAUCCCAUAUGGGCACCAGUUCAAGACCAGGCUGCACCACCACUUAUCCAGCUCUCUGCUAUGGCCUGGGAAAGCAGUGGAAGAUGACCCAAGUCCUUGGACUCCUGAACCCACAUGGGAGACCCAGAAGAAGCUCCUGAUUUCCAGUCGGGCCAGCUCCAGCUAUUGUGUCCAUUUGAGAAGUGAACCAGCAGAAGCAGAUGGAAGAUCUCUUUCUGCCUCUGCCUCUGCCUCUGCCUCUCUAUAACUCUUUCUUUCAAGUAAAUAAGUAAAUAUUUUUAAAAGAUGGCACAGGAUGCAAGAUCAGCACACAAGAAUAUCCAUAGUAUUUCUGCAUGUUGGAAGUUUUAAAAUUCAUGAAUACUGAAAAAUUAAUUUUAUUUGUAAUAGCAUCAAAAACAAAUACAAAUUUGACAAAAUAUGUGCAGAACAUGUACACUGAAAUCUGUAUAACAAGCUGAAAGAAGACCUUAAAUAAAUGGAGACAAACUCUGCUGUUGGAUUAGAAGACUCGGUGUUAUUGAGAUGUUCUCUCCAAACUGAUCAAAAUUCCAGUGUGUUCUUGGAAACUGACAGGCUAAUUUUAAAAUUUAGAUGGAGAUGGAGAUGGCUUAGAAGACAGUCAAUGAAAUUUUUAGAACAAAAUCAAAGAACUUACACUUCCUAAAUACAAGGCUUACUGAUACAGUAGUCAAACCGUGGUGUAGCGAAGGGACAGUCCCAAAAUAGACCUGCAUGUAUGCUUCAAGGACCUACAAAGGUGCUAAGGCAAUUCGGUGGGGGAAUGGGAAGUAUUUUUAACAAAUGUGGUGGGAAAAUCAUAUAUCCCCUUGGGGGAGGGGAGAAGAACAUAGACACAAAAAUGAGCUUGAAAUGAAUGGAUCUAAAUGUAAAAAAACAACUAGAAAAUAGGAGAAAAUCUUUGUAGCCUCUGGUAAGUCAAGAUUUCUUAAAACUCGAAACACACAAACCACCAAAAGCUGUUUUUUAAAUGACAUGGUUUGGAAAAUGAGAAGGCAAGCUGAAGUUUGGGAGAAAAUAUUCACUCUAGAGUAUAGAAAUGUUAUACAACUCAAUAUUGUAAUGAGUUAAUUUAAAAACUCUGGCACCCUUUACAAAAGAAAAUAGACUGAUGGAUAAUGACCACGUGAGAAUGUGCCGAGUAUCGGGUAUCAGUAGUCAUCAAGAAAAUACAUAUUGAUGAGACAUCGCUACACACCAACUAAAAUGACCAAAAUUUUAAAAACUGGCAUUACCCCUAGAAGUUAAAGAGUAGCUUAACCUAAGAAAAUGUAAUAUAUUCACAGAACAAAGGGGAUAAAACAUGAUUAUCUCAAUGGAUUCAGAAAAGACAUUCUAACAUCCUUUCGUGGUAAAAACCCUCAGUGUGCCAGAAACAAAAGGUGUGUCUUCAACAUUUAUAAAAGACAGCUAACAUCAUAUUGGUAAAAGACAGAAGGUUUUCCCUCUUAGAUGAGGUAGUCAAGGCAAGGAUGUUUUCACUGCUGCUAUUUAACAUCAUACUGGAAGUUCUGAAGUGAAACCAUUCACAGAUGACAUGUUCAUAUUCUACAAAUUCCUGAGAAGUCCACAAGGAAGCUACUAGAACUAGGAAAUGGAUUCAGCAAAGUUGCAGGGUAGGAGAUUAACAUUCAGCAAAAUGGAUGGAGCCAGAGGUCAUCUCUUGCAGGAAAUAAGUCAGAUACAGGAAAACAAACACCUCAUGUUCUUCCUCGUAUAUGGAUGCUAAAACAUAUGUUUUUAGUAAAUACAGUGUUUAUUAACUAGAGGCAGAAGGACUGGGAGGGAUAGAGUUUGGAUUUUAAAGGAGGGGAGAGCAUCUUUAUGGUACAGUGGGUUACACCAGUGCUUGGCACACUAGCAUCCCAUAUCACAGUGUCAGUUCAAGUUCCAGCUGCUCCACUUCCAAUCCAGCUCCCUGCUAAUGUGCCUGGGAAAGCAGUGGAAAAUGGUUCCAAUGCUUGGGUCCCUGUAAUACUUGUGAAAAGAUGUUUAGCAUCAGUCACUGUUUUUUUGCAGGUACAGGUUAUUAACACCAUAAGAUUAAUAAAACACAUGCUGCAACGUAGAUGAAUACUGAAAACAUGCUGAGUAGAAUAAGCCAGACACGAAAGAACAAGUAUUAGAUGAUUGCACUCAUAUGAAACAUCUACAAAAGGCAAACUCAGAGAAAGUAAAUUAGACUCUCCUAGGGGCUGGAAGAAGGGGAAAAUGGGGAGUUACUGUUUCAUUCUUUUUGUUUGGGGUGAUGACAAAAUUGUAGAAAUUGAUAAUGGUUGGGGAUGAUUGCACAACACUGAAUGUAGUUUAUGGCACUGAAUCGUACACUUCAAAAUGGCCAAUUUUAUGGUACAUAGAUUUUUCCAAACACACAG